AUGGCGGGUGGAAAAAGACAUGUGAUGAGUCCUCAAGUAUACCGGGCACCGCACAAAGUCAACACAUCGAGGACGAUGAUGACGACGAGCAAGAUGGCGGCACCUCCGAAGAAGGUAUUGCCUGCUCCUUCGGCUGGUCCCAAGCCAGAAGAAACUGUGAAGAGAGUAUACUGCUGCACCACCCAAAUCGAGCCCAGUCUCAGCAAAGGCACCUUUAACACCUAA